AUGGCCCAAACGUCCCCAUUCAGCCCACGUGGUAGUGGAUCCCGGUCGUCGUUCACUCGGACCGCAUGCUUCGGAGACAGCGCCCGCAAGUAUUCCUCGCGGAUCAAGCCGACCUUGCCCAUCGCGUACGUGUCGAAAUGGUACCGAGUCGUCAACAACCUGUCGGCGGGCGCAGGCAUUUUGGUCGUUGGAAUCGUCGUCGUGCUGCUGCUCUACCAAGGCAUGUUUCAAAGCACGAACGUGACGACAUAUUUUCAGUCGACUUGGAUUCCACACACGCAGACGUGUCGAUGGAGCAGCGCUGGGUUCGUCGCGGUGACGGGGGACGUGCCGUGGACGGCGGUGUGCAAUUGGCCGCUGAUCUCCAUGCCGACGACCCCCCUGUCUCUGUCGUACUACUUGUCUUGGGGCGACAACGACGCGUUGCGGUGGGCGACGUUCGUCUUUGUCAUGGGGGACGUGUGGAUCCGCUUCCUCGUCAUUUCGGCCGUCGGCCCCACGCUGGACGGGUACAGCAUUGGGAAAACAACGGGGUAUGCGACGACGGUGGGCAGAGACAAGUCGCACAAAGUGGACAAUUUCAUGAUGCGGCUCGUGUUCCAGAUCACCAUGGGCAUCGUGUUGCUCGUGAACAAACCGGUCUUGACGUACGACAUCUUGGGGUCGCUUGAACGGCGGCGUGUUGUCCUGCUCGCGCUCGUUGGGACGUUCUCCCCGCUGUACGCGUACGUGAUUCGGUACACGUUUUCGACCAACGGACACCACUAUUGGAGCUUUUCGCUGCUCCUGGUGGCGCUCAUGAUGGGCAUGUCGUGGAUGUGUCUUCUCACGUGCGCGCAAGGGAUGCCCGUGCCAUGGCGCACGGGUCGUGGCACACAAAAACUCACGACACGUCGUGGAUCGGCCAACACGACCGUGUCAACGCGAUGCCAGCGAUGCGUCACGAGCUUGGACCACAAAAACACCAUCUCGAUCGGGCCCAAGCUGUUGUUCUGCACACCGAGCUUGCUCGUGCUGCUCGGCUUUUGCAUCUUUUAUGACGACAACCGCUUCCAAUGGCCGCGAGAUGUCAACUCCUUGGACUUUUCCAGCCGCGACGUGCGUCGACACGUCCGACAUCAACGCGUCGACCGCGGGGACACAGCGCCGUGA